UCCUAAUACACUCCCCAUACACCCCAUUCGAACCCCCAAAGAGAUAAGAGAGCAAGGGAAUCCACACAACCCAAGAGAGAAGGAAGGAGGAGAGCAGUCCGCAGGUUCGUUCUUCAGUGCGUAGCUCUGAUUGUUUGAGCCAUAACUUGAGAUUUACUCAUCCAAAUAAGGCGUGCGAGAUACCAACAGAAAGCUCUCAAGACGAGGAAUCCGUGAAGGUCUGGUUUGCAUCAAUCGGAGUAGUGGAAGGCUUCCAAAUCGACAGAGCAAAACACGACCUCGCAGAAUACGUUUUUGUAUUCAAAGUUAGGGAACGAAUUCGUCGGGAAACACCCGUUCUAGGGACUGUUUUUGGCAUUUUCGGUUAGGAGUCGAACUAGCACUUUGAGGGGGCUGUUUAACACUCAAUUCCAAGCAAGGAAUCAGUUCUCAAUCUUCCUUGGCCGAGGCUUUGGUCAUUGGGUCGAAAAGGAAAGUUUUAAAGUUCAUUUGAGGUUGAGGCUUGAGCUUGUUACCUGUGCCCGUUGCUCGGGUGAUCCUUUGGAGAGAAGACGUGAAAUGGACCGUGGUGGCAGGAUUACUAGGAGAAACCCGACGGGCCGUGUACCAGUGGAGACUGGACAGGGCAGUCGAAGGACCUCUAGGGCAUCUAGAGGAGCUGGCCGUGGAGGCCGAUCACAGACCGUGAGUGGCGGUCAUGUUGACACAGAAAGUGAAACCUACUGGUCCUAUGAGGACUCGACUUACCAACCGGAGACCGAGCCGGUUGAGACCCCUUACGAAGGGGAUGACGAUGUUGUAAGUGAUGAAGAAGGGGAGAAUGACUCCCUAGCCAGAAUUGAGGCGCUGCUCCAGCAAUAUCAGCGGGAGCGCGAGGAAAGGAGGGAACGCCGAAGGCGCCGAGGAGGGCGAACUUCGGGAGGGGCUUCAAGAGGAAGAAGCCAUGGCGACUCUAGGGCCCACAUUGAACCACACGGGGGCCGGGGUGAUGGAGGUCCGAUCAUAAGGAUCUCCAAAUACCUCAAAGAGGCACGAGACUUGGGGUGCAAACCCUUCAAUGGAGCAGGUGACAUCUCGGUCGCCGCGGAAUGGAUCAAGAGGUUGAACGAAGCAGCCCUUGAUAUGCAACUCACCCCCGAAUUCAAGCUAAGAGUGGCGGUAAGAUUGCUUGAAGGGAUGGCAUCCACAUGGUGGGAUGGAGCCAAGGGGAAGUAUGGCAAUGUUGUGACUUGGGAGAAUUUCCGACAGGAAUUCUUUGCCCAAUACUAUUCUGAUUUUGAGGUGAACAAUAAGAGGAGAGAGUAUACCCUCCUAACCCAAGGUGGCAAGAUGACGGUGAGGCAACUUGAACACAAAUUCAGGGAACUCGCGGAGUUCAUACCGGAGUAUGUCUGUGAUGAGAACCGGAUGGUAAAUCACUUCUGGGAUGCCUUAGACUUGGAGGUGCGUGAGAGGGCAACGCAGUUGCCUAACAUGACUUUUAGCCAGGUGGUCGAGAAGGGAUUGAAAGGGGAGAAGGAAUGGGAAGAAAGAAAGAUGAAGAACGCCGAAGAGGCGAAGAAGAGAAAAUGGGAGAGUCACGGCUCCCAAGGUUCCAACAAAAAGGGGAACCAUGGAGGGGGAUCUUUCCGUGCACCGCCACCACCAUCUAAGGGGAACCAGGGCUCGAGCAGGCAUGACUCGGGGUCACAAGCCUCGGGGACGCCUCGUUGCUUGAAUUGCACGGUCAUUUGAAGGCACAUUGCCCACAAUUGGGUGGGCCAAGGUCAUCGGGACCAAGUAGUGGGGCUACGGGAACAAGAAACCAAGCCAGGGGUUCCCAAGUAACCAGGGGGCAAGGGGGAACAAGCGCGAGCAACGCGCCGUCCGUGAACCAAGGAAGGACCCAGGCUAGGGUCUACGCGAUGACGGAGGCGGAUGCUCAGGCUAACCCGGAUUCCGUUGCAGGUACUACCUCUCGUAUACUUGUGUUUUAUCCUUAAUUAGUCCAAAAGUUAAGGUUACUAAUCGUUAGGAUCAUUGCACAAGGUUUUGGGGUCGAACCGGGGGAUUCCGGGCUACUUCAGGCGGCUGGAACCCAGGCACGAUCGUGCCUAAGGCAGACACGAUCGUGCCUCCAAGUCAGUAGCUGCCCAGGAAUUUCCCCAACCCAGGCACGAUCGUGCCUAAGGCAGACACGAUCGUGCCUACAAGGCAGUAGCUGCCUAGGACUUUUCCAACCC